AACGCAUUUGAAUCACCUCUUCUCCACUUUGAUUGUUUCCUCUCUAUCUUCGUCGGUCACUUGUCAAGCUCUCAAACAUGAACAUUCGGAAGAAAUCGAAGCUCCACUCGCCGCCGGCGAGAGAUCACCGGCGACUUAGUCUCAAUUCCAGCGAUUCGAGCAAGAUAUCGCUCGUAAAAACCAAAAGAGCUCGCAGGAUCCAGAGAAUGAAACUCCAGACACUGGAUUGCACGUGUCGAACGGAGAUCCACUUCACCGUCGCCGGCGGCGGCGACGAUAUCUCCGGCGAUGGCGACCAGAAGGAGAGCAAGAAAAAGCUGGAAGUAAAUGGCGCCGAUCCAUUGAAGAUAACGGUUAAUCUAUCGUUCGCGUCGACGGCGGAGAAUAACAAUGACGGCGUCGUUUUACAGAGUUUCGGAAGCGAAACGCGCGAGGAAAACGUUUUGGAGGGAUUGGAAGGGGAAAGGAAAUACGGCGUCGUUUCGGUGAUAGGGAGGAGGAGCGAAAUGGAGGACGCGGUGAGAGCGGAGCUAGGGUUUGCGGCGAAAGGGAGUAAAAGGUACGAUUUUUUCGGUGUCUACGACGGCCAUGGCGGGACGUACGUGGCGAGCGCGUGCCGUGAGAGAUUACACGAAGUGGUGGCUUCGGAGAUAGAGCAUAACAAUAGUGAUAAAGAGUUGGAGUGGGAAAAGGUGAUGGAGGGGUGUUUUGGUAAAAUGGACGAGGAGGUGAAGGGCAAUGCGGCGGCGAGGACGGUCGGAGCGACGGCGGUGGUGGCGGUGGUGGAGGAGGGGGAGGUUGUGGUCGCCAACUGUGGGGAUUGUAGAGCCGUCAUGUCAAGGGCUGGUCUUCCUCUUGCCUUGUCUACUGAUCAUAAGGUAACAAAAUUGACC